AUGUCGAACUCAACGCCCUGCAUCACUCCCUUUCCGGUCACCAAGACUGCCGUAGCGGCACCAGCCACUGUGGUGGAGGGUGUCAACGACGCGAACUCAACGCCCAUCUCUCCCUUUCCGGUCACCAAGACUGCCGAAGCGGCACCAGCCACGGUGGUGGAGGGUGUCAACGACGCGAGCAGGAAGAGAGAAAGGCCGAAGACGUAUCGUGAUUAUAAAGGGAGGUUUAUCACAGCAUCUGGGACAUUUACGCCGAGGUCAUCGUUGAGGAAGAGGAGAGGUGACAUGUCUAUGAGGCUUGGAGGAGGGGACUUCACGCCGCAUAGCUUCACAGUUAAUAAAGGAGAGGAUAUAAUCAAGAGGAUCAUGUCCUUCACUGCAAAUGGUUCUCGUGGGAUCAGUGUUUUGUCAGUAAAUGGUGCGGUUGCUAACGUUACGAUUCUACCUCACGGUUCAAGCCGCAGGGUCAUGACGUUUAAGGAGGAGUAUGAGAUAGUAUCGCUGACCAAUAAUACAAUGGCGAUAUCUGAGAGCGGAGGAGUGAAAAAUAAGACCGGAGGGUGGCGGAUUACGAUUGGUGGAGCUGCUGGUGGACGUGUCCAUGGUGGUGCUUUGGCUGGGAGUCUCAUUGCAGCAAGUCCAGUCCAAGUUGUGAUUGGAAGUUUCUGGCCGUUGAUCACAAAUUCGCGUCAGAAGAGGAAGUAUGUGUCCAAAGCUAUGGUUGCUCCAUCCAUAACACCAAACUUGGUGGCUUCCUCAUCCACAAGACCGGUCCAACAACCAGAGAUGGUUGGCCCUUCUCACUCUCAGAAGAGGAACAGCGAGUCCAACAGAACUAUGGUUGUUCUUUCAGCCACACCACCAAACACAUUGGCUUCCUCAUCCACAGGACCGGUCCAACAACCAGAGAUGGUUGGCCCUUCUCACUCUCAGAAGAGGAACAGUGAGUCCAACAAAACUAUGGUUGUUCUUUCAGCCACACCACCAAACACAUUGGCUUCCUCAUCCACAGGACCGGUCCAACAACCAGAGAUGGUUGGCCCUUCUCACUCUCAGAAGAGGAACAGUGAGUCCAACAGAACUACGGUUGUUUUUUCAGCCACACCACCAAACACAUUGGCUUCCUCAUCCACAGGACAAGUCCAGGGACCAGAUAUGAUUGGCCCUUCUCACUCUCAGGAGAAAAAAGAUGAGUCCAACAACGCUAUGGCUGUUUUUUCACCCACAGCACCAAGCUUCUUGGCUUCCUCAUCCACAGAACAAGUCCAACAACCAGAUAUGAUUGGCCCUUAUCACUCUCGGCAGAGGAACGAUGAGUCCAACGAUGUGAUUCUUCUACCCACAGUUCAAUACUUACUGGCUUCCUCAUUCACUAGACAAGUCCAACGUCAACCAGAGAUGACAGGCCCUUCUCAUUCUCAGAAGAGGAAUGAUGAGUCGCAAGCUGCGGUUGUUACACCAGCAAUACCAAACUCAUUGGCUUCCUCAUUCACUGGACAAGUCCAACGUCAAGCAGAAAUGACAGGCCCUUCUCAUUCUCAGAAGAGGAACAAUGAGUCCCAAGCUGCGGUUGUUACACCUGAAAUACCUAACUUAUUGGCUUCCUCAUUCACCGGACCAGAGAUGAUAGGACCUUCUCAUUCUGAGGAGAUGAACGAUGAGUUUAACCCUUCUCAGUUUCUGACUCUAGGGUGGUACAGCUCUACACCGGAGCAAGACAAGUAAUCUCAUCAAAAAACAUUGGACUUCUUAAGUUCAUAAAAGUUUCUUUAAACUGUGG